AUCGACGCCGCAGUGGGUGGUGACAGACAGUAGUGAGUCGCAUAUAAAUUAAACCACCCACCACCCCAUUUCCUUGCAUUAUUGGAGGGAGGACUGUCGCGCAAGGCAAGGCACACAAAUCCAUCGACCGACAGACGGCAGUCAGUACCUAAAUGGACCCCGCCCCGCUAGAUAACGUCGUAAAAUUGCACGAUCUGCAUCUACGGGCUACCCAAACACUGCAGCUAAUCGGUCAGGUGGAAGCUAAUCGCGUCCUUUACGACACUUCCGAUCAACAGUACAACACGAAAAAGGCAAAAAGUGCAGCCUGGAAACAGAUUUCGGCCGCUGUGCUGGGAAUCAAACCGGAACAAGUCAGCCGCUAUCAUUCCCUGCAGAUUCAACACAAGUGGAAAAGCCUGCGAACGGCUUACGUGCGUCAGAAGCGGAAGAACAACCCGGCCAUUCCGUACCGGUAUGCCGAUUUGAUGAGUUUUCUCGAUCCGUAUCUGCGACGGGAUGAGGCCAGUUCCGGUGCUUCCAAUUCCGUCGCAGCCCUCCAUUCCCGGAGUAGGUUCUCCGCACCGUUCGAGAUCGAUUUAGAUGGUGACGUGGGGAAGGACAUUGCUACAUCAGACAUUCAAGACGCCUGUAUCGAUCUGUUCGACCCCAUCGAGGAAGAUUUGACGUGCGACACGGGAGUGAUGGUGCAGAAACUUACGGCGACAACAGCUGGACCGGUUUCGUCGGUUCUGUCCACGGUCGGAUCGACCAUUGCAGAAUCGAACAACGGCACCAGUGGCAGUGCUUCGACGUCGUCCUCUAGCAGCACGCCCCACAUAAGCCCCAGCCAGAUGGACGAGCUGGACGGAUUCUUUAUGCAAAUAUCGCGCACGGUUCGAAAGUUUUCGCCGCGUAAAAUCAUCGAACUGAAGAUGCAAAUCUUCAAUUUGGUCUCCCAAGCUGAAUUGGACGAGUUGGAUGCAAUCAAUAAGUAUUGAUUUGUGGGCUCUCUAGAAAAUUAUCAUUUUAUGAUUAAUUAGUGUUUUAACAUAGAUCUCAUUUUUUUAUUUAAAGACUAAUUUUAUUUAUUUGUUUUAUUUAUAACUGUAUUUUAUUUCAACAAUCAUAGUUUUCUCUUGUUACUUUCUUUUUGUUGAGCUAUAAGAAACUGAUGAAGUCCUGGGUCACAGCAAAAUUGUAAAAAAUAUAAUUGUAGUUUAUAAUAACAUUUUUUUUUUUAACAAUAUUGACAACAUCUUAUACAAAAAAUCACAUACUCAAAUUUUUAAUUGUAGGUAUUUAAAACUACAAAUUGAACUUUAACACUUCACUUUUGCAAGUUCAAUUUGUAGUUUUAAACAUACUCUAAUAAUCCCUCCCCUAAAUUCAAUAUAAAAAGUGUAGUGUAGGUAUUUGUUAAAAAAGUAUUAUUUUUGAACGAUAUUGAGCACAUCAUAAGUAUUAAACACAAUAAUUACAAUGAAUCCAAGCUAGCAAUUCAGAAGUAAAACCAAUUUAUAAUGCCGUUUUUUAAGAACAUCAAAAGCAACUUAUCCAAACAGGAUUAUGAUUGGGUGCUCCUAAAUGAGAAAAAAAGAAGAAUAUCCUCUUUAUAAAUCGAUCGGUGCCAAACCCUUAUAUCCAAUAGACUGGACUAUUUUGAUACCUUAGUAAGUAAGCAAAUAGUAUGAUCCGUUUCAAGAUCUAGUCAUUUUAUGCAUAACUUAGACACCACCAGGCAGCAUAUUACUACGCCAUAGAGAAGCACUUUCUACACGACCAUUUAUCAUAGCUAGUCACCCUAAGUAGAACUGAAAUUAGCCAUAAUGUACUUAAUUUGCUGAAUAAAACCAAUUCCAAAUGUUUACUUAAA